GAAAUGUUCGGAUGCUGUUCGGAUGCUUCGGCUGCCGGAAAACUCUAUAUAAGACGACCAUGUGACCGUACACUUUUCAUCAGUUGUUUGCAACAGUUCAACCUGAGCUUACCGAGAGAGCACACUAGUGUGAGAGCUUUGUCGUGAACCUUGUGGAGUGUGUGUUUGGGAAAAAUUGCCAAGACAAACAUUUUGGAGAAGCAAAAAAAAAAAAACAGAGACGUGAUAAGAAAAGAAACGAACUGAAAGUGUCAUAUGAGUUGAAGUGUGUGAUAAAGCGUUUAUGUGCAGUUAACGACAGGACAAACAAGCCUGCAAGGACUACCACUCGGCGGAGAGAAAUCCGUAGAAUAGAGACUGAAAAGGAGACUGCUAAGUGUUUGGUGCUUUUGUGCAAAAUCAAAGCGUGAUGAUGAUGACGCUGGAAAAGAUGGACACGGGCAGCAACGGUGGACUGUCGGUGUCGGGCACGGGACGUCACAGACGUCAUGCCGAAAGCAGUACGCCCGAACCGAUGGACGGUUUCUACAUCGACAUACCGACGCCUUCCACGCGCAGUGUCUCGCCACUGUCGGCGUCCGUAUCGCCGGGCAAGGAGAAGUCGUUCAGCUUCUUCAAGAGUGUCUAUCGCAAGAUAAGCCUAAAGUCUAACGAUGAGGAUCUGGAUCAGUUGGGUGUGCAGGGUGAUGAGGACUCGCGCAGCUCGUCCGUCGAUUCCUGCUCGUCGAUCAGUGAUCGGGAGCGGGAUCAGCCAUCCGGCAAAGGGCACGAUGAACGCAAACUACAGCUACAGCUGUCCAACCUCGCCCUGUCCAGUGCGUCCAGUGAUUCGGGCGUUAGUGGCGUCCCGAAACGUGGUGAUGAUGGCGGCGAAGAUGGCGGUGACGAAGGUGAACCGGGCAGUGCGGAAGGUACGAAGGAAAACAGGCGAAAGUCAAGACGGUCAUCGGUGCUGAGGUUGCUGGAGAGUCUUGCGAUCAAUGCACCGAUCCGGUCGCGGUCACUAUCGUGCAGCAACAGCUCGGUGAACAAUUUGAUCCACAUGAAGGGACGCGAGUCGAGGGCCGAGUCCAAGUGUUCACUGUUCAGCACAAACAGCGCGAACAACGGAUCGUCCGGGAAUGGUGGUGAGCGAAUAAGCAAAGAAUCCAGUAAACCACCACCGAAGAAGAUACUGCGACGGCCCGUCUCCUACACCUAUCUGCGAGGAAUAUCCGGUUUGCCGACGCAGCGAGUACCACGAUCGUCCAUCUGCUGUAGCUACUAUGGACGUUAGAGAGCGAUGGGAUCGCGUCGAUCGUGCAGGGCAUGCAGAAACACCAUAUCAAGCACGGUGCCGUCUACUCCAAGCGGGCACCAGCAAACCAGCAAAAGAACUGAAACAAAAAAUACUAAGCAUAGCAAGGAGGAGGUACGAUUCUCACUCAAAAACUCACACACAAAGAUGCGCAACAAUUGGGAACAGAUACAUAAGUUUUCUAAAUUAGUAGUGCCGUAGUGUAUUCUUCUUCUGCCGAAGUUAUCGCUUAGUAUGAUCGUGAUGAAACUUAAAAGAGAGGUAAAAACGUGACGUACCUUAGCACAAAGUAAGAACUCGACUAGCCUGUAACGGUAGAAAGCGGUAGUAGGCAAGCGAUCGAAGGAUAUCUACUCAAGAUAUCCGUGUCAGCAGACAGGAAAGCCUCGUACUAAAAACUGCCCUACAUUUGUUUCAACACACAAAGGAAACGCUCGAAGGACACUACAACUACCGGCCGACCGGCCCACAGACCUUUAUACUACUAUUUGCGAUAAAAAGUGCAAUUAUUCGACUCGAUCGAUUGAGCUCGUGUAGCGCCCCAAUCGUGGCGAUUGAGAAGAAGCUAAGCUAAUGUGAAAAACAAACUCUCUUAUGACGAUAAUGAUGAUGAUGAUGACGAUGGCGAUCGUAGUAGCUUCUUUUCGGGUUCUAGUAAUCGAAAGAGCAUGCCACUUGGAACGAAGUGAAUGCGCGCAAGUGCAGUAGCGUUAUCUUACUCAUUGAGUACUAUCGCAACACUAAGAGUUUAGUAGUUUAAGAAAGAAUCAUAUUUGCCUCUAGAAAUUCUAGCUGAUCGAACGGUGGAUGGAGUCCGAUUUUGUAAAUAAAUAUUAAAAUAAUAAUUCAAACAAA